GCUCCCAGCCAUCAACCGCGACACGUCCCCCUCCUCUCGACACACCACUAGCUAACCUGAAACCUCCUCUUCCCCUCGAUCUCUUCUCACAUGGACACACAGACCCCGCCCCUCCACUCUUCGCGCCUCGUUCCUGUCACCCCGAAACCUGGCAGUCUUCUCUUCCACCCCGCCAAUCUGCACUUCCGUCCCAUUACACUCUACUGGGCUACGGACGACCUUCCUUACAGCUUCUCCUCGUACGUCUUUUGCUGCAGCGCAUUCACUUGCUCACCUUUGACCUUCGCACUAACCUUUACCAUGUCGACCGCCGAACGAAAACUCUCACGUCGCGAGCCGCCCCUCCCCGGGCAAUUUUAUUGCAAGGCCUGCCGUCGCUACUUUCAAGAAAGCGACGCAGCCGCGCAGUUCACCGGCGCCUCUUUCAUCAAGCCGUCACACAGACGACCUACUACGGCGAACAGGAAGUCCACACCUUCCACCGCGGUCCCAGUGCUCUUCGCGUGUCUCCGCUGUCCCUUCCAACACCAUGAUCCCCGCGCUUUUUUGGGACCACUUGCCCGCCAAGCCGGUUGUCCGCAGACUCACGCGCCCAAUACAGACCCGACGUCGCUCGAAGAGCUCGGAGUUGCUGUUCAGAGUUGGCGGGCCGCUUGGAACCGUCCUGACAGGGCGGGAGGUCGGAAGCGUUAUGGAGCGGGUGGAGGGAACGGAUAGGGCGGAAAUGGCGGCGUCCCUCGAGGCAGCACAGAUGGAUGCGGAGGUCGCCGGCACCCGUACACAUUUGUGCCAAUUGGAACACGUCGACACAGAGCUGGUGGAAGCAGGGGAGGCCGUCGAAGUACCAAAACUGACGUGGACUUCCUUGCGCCCGCGAAGAUAUGCAACAUCUCCCAAACUUGUACCUAGCAAUUCACACGAUUCGCUCGAUCUAAGCGCGCUCGCGCCCUUGCCGUCUCCACUUAUACUCGUCCCCGCUCCCUCCCGGCAAUCCCCGCAGCACACAAACCCAUCGCCUCGGGCACCCUCCACACUGCCGAAUCAUCACAGCCUGGCGAUAUCCCAUCGUCGAGGACUUCUCAUCGCCACCCAUUCCCUCCCUCGAUGACUGGCCCUCUUUCGACCCGACGGAAUGCGAAUCACCCCCGGCCCCGAUACUGUCACACGACGACGAUCACGACCUUGAGCGAUACAAUCUCGUCAUCAACACCCAACUCCGCCUCAUCAUAUGUAUCCCCUGCUCCAAGGCCGUCCUUCCCGCUCGACUCCGACGUCACCUUCUGGACAAAUGCCCCGCCUUGACGUUCCGACGACAUCGGCGAAAAGCUUCGGUCCAAGUACACGUCGCAGCCACCCACGACUGGCCCUUCCCGCAAGCCCGUAUCCUGCCGGUGUUCGGCCUUCCCAUUCUUCCCAAUCCUUAUCUGUUUUGUCAAUCGUGUCACCCGGGUAUUCAGCCACACAUCUCUCGCGUCGCAUCACUAUCAGCGCACUUGUGCGCGCUCAUCUGACAGUCGCCUGGUCAUUUCAUCGCCUAUGGGCAAACCGUCGGCUUCGAUCCACGCGUCGUUUUCCCAGUCGACACCUCCCUUCUCGCUACACCUGUUCGACGCCCGCCUUUUCGACCGAGCCCUUCACCACCCUUCCCAGGCCCGAUUACGCCCAUCUCCCCAUCUCAAACCCUCAACUCAUGCAACAUCGACUUAUUCUUCAAAAACGAAGACUUUUUAUUCACUCGUCGGUCGCUACCCCCGACAGGUCAAUCAGUCCAUCGAUUGCACCGCGCCCCACGCCCGAGCAGAAGCUCAUGUCUACGCACCUCGACAUCGUUUCUCGCACGUACUGCAAGUCAAUCCAAGCCGCAAUAAUCAAAUCAUCCGCUGGACUGCGGAGGCUGAUGGCUCAAGUCGGCGCGGAAUCAUCGCGCGCGGAGAGCUUAGACCCUCGAAGACAACUCGCUGAAUCAGUACUCCGCGGUGCUGGCAAAUCUUAUCUACACCAUGCUCCGUGCCCACGCCAGCGACUCGCAGCACCUCAAAUUCCCCCUCGAUCCACCUCAGUGCGAAGCUCUCACAGGCCUGCGCAGCAUUCUCAUCGCGCCGAGCUUCCCAACGAGCAGCUCACGGCCGAGUUCUUCCACCGCACGUGCUUCGCUUUAUUCGCACAAGAGAAGCAGCACGGUGGGCUAGACAACUGGGUCCUACCCGUCAAUCGCUAUGUCGUUGCUCGAUGCAUGGGGAGGGAGACGUGGAUCAAGGCAAAUGAGAAUCACUCGCAUCUGUGCCAAGCUGCACAUCUCAUCUCGUCUGACCAAGCUUAUCAAGAGGUCAAAAAGUUCCUGUUGGCCAACAACGACACCCCUUCCGCCUUCAUUUACGACGUUCACCACACCGUCAGGAAGAUUCGUGACGAGUACAAUGACGCCGACGUGCAGAUGGAGAACGAAUCCCACACGCGGCUCAUAUUCGACGGUCACCGCAUCGAUCUCUCUCAGUUCAAAACACUCGCGGAAGCUCUCACUCGACGUCACGCUGACAUCCUCGGCGAACACAUCUUCUUCGGCAGAGGAGUAGACCAAUCAUAUCCCAUCCAACGGCUUCGACAACAACGAUGGAAGCUCCAUCCCACACGUCAGCUCCUGGAACGUUUCGAAGAGCUUCGUCUCAUUCUCGCCAUCCGCUGUAUCGUUUCUUGCGGUCCCUCCGUCCGCGCCGCCGAAUUCGCUCGCCAGUCACUUCGAAAUCUCCCUGGUGGAGCAGCACGAAAUGUCGUGCUGCUCUAUCGCACACUCUCCCGCGUGCCAUCCGUAUCCAAGGAUCUUAUUUGGAAUUUGGCCGUGUUCCGUCCGUUCGAGCAGUUUCUCAUCUCCCAGUUCAAGGGUCCCAUCGACGCUGAACGCUACUUCACGUCGAUGUGGCCCGGCAUCGACGCCGACUUCACCAGCCACCUCAUUAGUACCACACUCAUCAUCGAGUACCGCAAGAUCGUGGGCACAUUCUGCCGAUACAUCGUGGACCCGUUCCUGUACAAGACUCUCGAAGAUUCCCUUUUUGACGAGCUCCAGAACCACUCCACCGGCAUGAGCUACAUGCGCUACGGUGUCGAGAAGCAGACGCUCGCCUCAAGCGAUCCGCGAAAAGUCGUCGGGUGUAUCAAGGCUUGCAGGGCAUGGGGAGCAGCCACGGGAAUCGACGGUGGGAUUCCCAUCAAGCUCGAGCUGCCCCCCAAUCUCGAGAACCAAACCGUUCUUUUGCCGCACACUGCAGGCACAGGUUCGGGGGAUCCUCCUUCGGCUCUCAGCCUCGAUACGAUCCAACGCGCCAUCUCCGAAACCCUGCGGUCGGACGAGUUCAUCAAGCGGGAAUCGCUGGAGGCACCACUGACCCAGAUCAUCGCCUCGCUCGCCGCUCUUUACUUCCCAAAAGUGCCAGAACCUCCUUCCGCCAAUCGACUACAGCCCAUUUCCUCCGUCGUCGUCCAUCCUUCUCGUCGUAACGCGUUGCGCGAAUUCCGCGGGGACGAGACCGCCAGUUGGACAUGCCCACACCAGGCCGAGCUCCUCGAGCGAAUGCGCGACAAAAAGCGGCACAUUCUCGCAGUCCUCGCUUGCAACUCCGGCAAAACCGCUACCAUCCUCAUGCAAGCCAACAUCUUCGACUCGGCUUCCACCACCAUCUUCGUUUUACCUGUCAGUGGGCUUCAUCAAGACCUCCAUCGUCGCGCAACGCAGUCACGACUCAAUGUUGCCCGGUGGAAACCCGACCACGCUGCCUUUAACGCCGACUUCAACGUCCUCUAUGUGUCAGUCGAAGAUAUCAGGGACGAAUUCAUCCGAUUCGCGAAAGGCUUGGCCUUGACACAACGUCUCGCCAACCUCGUAGUCGACGAGGCUCACAUAGCACUCACCGACGCUAACUACCGCGAGCCUAUUCGACGUCUGAUCAGACUAGCGACCGAGAUUGAGGCGCAUAUCACUCUCUUGAGUGGUUCCAUCGGCCCUCAGCACGAAACCCCCCUGCUCGACAUGUUCCUACUUCAGAACGUCGACGUCAUUCGCAUGCCUUCGUGGCGCUCCAACAUCGAGUAUCUAGUUUCCCUGCACGCCGCAAAAACGGACCAAACCGGAUGCAAAGUCGAAACUUACGUCGAAGCUGCCGUCGUGUACAUUAAAUGGCGAAUGAAGCAGACGGCGGGCAACUGCUACCGCAUGAUCGUCUAUUGCCGCAGCGUCCGAGUCGCGGAAGAUGCCGCUAAAGCUCUGGGUGUAGUCGCGUAUCAUGCUGGGGUCGACAUGGACGCUCGCCGACGGAUUUUCAAUAACUGGUUGGCCGGCGUUGAUCAAGUCAUCGUCAGUACAUCGAUCCUAGGCGCUGGCAUCGACACAAUCGUCCGCGAAGUGAUACAACUCGACGUUGCUCACACAGUCAUCGACUCGCAUCAACAAGCAAACCGCGCCGGACGCGAUAACUUACCCGCCCGCGUCAUAGUUUUUGCUUCUUGCAAACGAGAGCCUUCGCUCGGCGAGGAUCAUAAGGCCUCGCUGGGCAGCGUCUACCUCGUCCCCUGGCUAUUUCAUUUCGUCUGUCGCCGCCUACUUUUCGCUCUGUUCCUCGACGGCGUCGGGGUGACAUGCGGCGUCAUCCCUGGGGCACAGUAUUGCGACGUUUGUCAUCUCCAAUCUCGUCAACCUGCUCCGAGGAACGCACCGCCCAUGCCCACUGCUUCCAGUCAAGAGGAGCUCGCUGCGCUCCUGCCACUGCUCGUAACGGCUCAAGCACGGCGUGAGGCCAUCCUCCGUGCCCCAGAUGUCAAGCGUCUGCUGUACUCUGGUGCCAGACACACCGUUGCUUCUUCUAACACGUCGGCCAGACAAGCAAACAGCCUGCUCGAGCAAGACCAUCCACCUCGCCUGCGCAAGAUUCCACGCAUCGAGCCUCGCCCUGUUCGUCAUCAGCCCGUCUCGCACCCCAUGACGAAUGACUCGCCCGCGUUCUUACCUCCGCCGCCGCUGCCGCCUUCCAUGUCCCCUCCCUGGUACCUGCCACCGCCUUCACCUCAUUUCGGCCGCCAUUCCAUCCACCGUAUCCGUUCGUUCCACCACCUCCCUUCUUCCACAAUCCACCCUCGAUAUUCCCUCCGCCCCUGCCCCACCACGAUCCCCGACCGGCGGCGUCACACCUGGCUCUCUACCCAAUCAUCUGCUCGUUCACUGGACUCUUCGCCUGCCAGCUCUUUGUUGCCAUCUCACGUGAAACACGAACCGGCUCAAUUUCGUGGCUAUGAAAACCCGCCUCCGCCAUCGUCUCAGCCCGCCGGCACUCGAGUGGAUCAGCCGGCGUCAGUACCAGGCAUCUCCGUCGUAAUUGCCCAGAACGAGCACGUCCUUCGCAAGAAGGAAUGCAUCCAAAUCUGCCGAGAAGUCACAGCCGCGCUCGAUACCAUUCUUUCGAAGCAAGGGUGUGCUGUCUGUCUCAUUCGUCAGCGUAUCGAUUGGGAUGCGCACUCCCUCGACGACUGUUCAGCUAACGUCGCGACGGCCAACGAUCUGCGUUACCAGGGAUGGAAGGGCACCGCAAUGAAGCUGCCGGAUGGGUGGUGCUUCCACUGCAUGCGUCCUCAGGGUAAAAUAGGAUCGUUCCAGACUCAUGAAUGGAUGGAAGCAGCGGCAUCCCGCUGCGCGCAUGCAGGCGUCAUCAAGGCCAUGCUUUAUGCGUUCUUCACCUCGGCGCAGGGCACCCUUGUCUCUCAUCAUGCGCACUUAUCCCUUUCCAACUCCGUCCAGUCCGCCCACGUCUAUGCUCAGUUCCCAUUCUUCCCCGCUCUCUCGUUACACCUCUGGCUUAUCGGCCACUUCAAUAUCAAAACCCACAGAUCUACCAUGUCUUCCGCGUCUGAUUCUCCAAGUGCGCACGACCACGGCGAAACUCCGCAUUCUCCAAGUGCGCAGGACGACGGCGAAACUCCGCAUAUCGCGACCAGUUCGCCUCCUCCUGUCUCACACAGGCCGCCCCGUAGGCCGCCCCCAUCUCCCGUACGACUUCGGGAACUAUCUCCCCUUCCCACGUUCUACGCAACUGGCACCUAUUCGUCACCCCCUCCACGCGCGUCUAGUUCCCCGCCUGCUUACGCCGGCCCCUGUCCCUCGUCCUACGUGCCUACCCCGUCGGACAAUGCUGAUCGCUAUACCUCGCAGCAACACGUCCCCACGGCCCGAGUUCCGUUGCCAUCCUCCUCGUCGCACGACUCUCCCUAUCCGUCGCAUUACGGAUACCCAUAUUCGUCGCCCUAUGCAUAUGGAUUUCCUUGGGUCUAUUCCCCUUCUCCUCACAGUCGCCCGCCUGCAGAUCACGAGCAGGGGCCGAAUCAUCUCGCAUUCCGAGGACCAGCUCGCUCGUCUACGUCGUCGUCAGUCCCGUUACCUCAUCAACGUCCUGCGCAUUUGCGUAAUGUACGCGACCGGACCAACGCUCCACCACGCGCGCCGCUGGACAACGUUGACCCAUUCAUUUCGCAUGCUAAUCAACACCAGACCUCUGCCGUGCCCAGCGACAUCUUCGAUGGCCUCCCUCUCCCAGCCGCUGGCGCAGCACGGAAAGACGAGCUUGUUGCGAUCUGCGACCGCGUGAACGCCGCGCUGCGAUACUUCUCUGCCGGCCGAUGCGUCAUCUGCUUCCUUAGGGGGACCGACGACUGGGACCAGCAUGUUUUGGACCGAUGCGCGGGCCCCAUUUGCUCAUUCGGCGACUACAACUAUCGUGAUUGGAAGAACAACGGUUUCGAGCUCCCGCCCGGAUGGUGUUUCUACUGUCUCCGGCCUCAGCAUGCGCAAGGGGGUUAUCGCAUGCAUGAGAAGACCAACGCGGUGGCGAGCUGCAUGUACAAGGGCUUGAUCAAGGCUGCUUUGUAUGCUUUCUUUUCGGCCGAGGACGACAUGCCCCUCGUUCGCGACUGCACCAUUAUACCGACCCAUCUGCGUGGAAUGGAGCGUCUCCGUCUCUUCACUUCGCCCUCCAUCUCCACCCACACAAUGCCGCCUCCCGCGCCGCUGCCGUCAUACACCGUCGAUCCAGGGCGGCGCAUCGUUUACAUCGAUUCCGUUCAGCAAUGCGACGAGAUGCUCCAGUCGCUCGAUGGGCCAUUCGGGUUCGACACCGAGUUUACUAUGUCCGCCGACGUGAACCGGAUCGAAGUCGUCCAACUCGCGACGCGCGAUGCCACCUUCGUCAUUCACCUCCAGCCAAUGGCCUACAUAAUCUCGAACGAACUCUACCGCAUCCUUACAGAUACCCGAGUCCUCCUCGCCGGCAUCGGUCUCGCGAAUGAUCUCGGCGUUUUCUAUCGCGGCCAUGGGAUCGACCUUACUCACCUCGUCGAGCUUGGCGUGCUCACUAUGCUCUACGACCCUGAAUCGCUGCCCACCAAGUACCGGACUCGCGCUUUACAGCCUAUGGGAAUGUGUAGUGCCGCUGAGUACAUUUUCGGCAAGACCAUCGACAAGGGCCCCAGUGCUCCGACUGAGAUACUGGCGUGCUCUCGAAGGAGCAAUUACAGUGUACAUGCGGCCACUGAUGGGCAAUUCUGCUAUGAUUUGUUUACUGAACUCGCGACGCGAAUGCUCAUCAAGAGUGUGGACAAUCCGCGCUACUACAUUCCGCGCACUUGGUUCACCUUCGAUGCCCAGGAGGGAGUAGCUGUGCUCACUGUCCGUGCGCCGGAUGGACAAGCUUUGUACACGCUCGAUGCUGGGCGCCGCUUGUCUUUAAUCAACACCGUUUCGCAGUGUGACGCGAUGCUCAAGUCUCUCGACGGACCGUUCGGCUUCGACACCGAGUUCACCAUGGCUGCGGAUGUGCCUAGGAUCGAAGUGAUUCAACUCGCGACGCGGGACUCGACGUUCGUCAUUCACCUCAAGGCAAUGGGAUAUGCCUUCCCUCUUGUUCAGGCCGCCCAAGGCCACUAA